AUGACAGCAGCUGUCGAGAAAACCGAUGAAUACUUAGGUCUUGAAUCCAAAUGGACAAUUGCAUAUGACCUUGCUGGCUCUAGCUUACCUUGUCGACUGGAAGGCGAAAUAGCAGACCUAGUGGUGCUUGGUGAGAUUCCAAAGGAAAUUGAUGGAACAUUCUACCGUGUCAUGACGGAUCCUCUCAUGCCUCCGCACCCAAAGAAUGUUCCUUUGGAUGGUGAUGGGAAUAUAUCAGCAUUUCGCUUCGAGAACGGCAGGGUCGACAUGAAAAUGCGAUAUGUCGAGACGGAACGUUAUAUCCUGGAGCGCAAGGCCAACAGAGCUCUGUUUGGUCUGUAUCGAAACCCGUUUACUCAUCAUCCUUGUGUCCGUGCCGCAGUAGACUCAACUGCAAAUACAAACCUGGUCCUCUGGGCAGAUCAAUUCCUUGCUUUAAAGGAAGGCGGUUUGCCGUAUUCAGUGGAUCCCCACACUCUCGGUACUAUUCGAUAUGAUCCCUUUGGGCCCCAGAUUCGCGCGAAGACAUUUACCGCACACCCGAAAGUGGAUCCUUACACCAAUGAGCUUGUUGUGUUUGGUUAUGAGGCAAAAGGACUUGCAAGCAGCGAUAUAGUCAUUUAUGCCCUCGAUAGCAACGGCAUCAAGCACGACGAACAGUGGGUGAAAUCGCCGUGGGUCGCUCCGAUCCAUGAUUGCGCCAUUACUCCUCACUGGCUCAUUCUGUGCUUGUGGCCAUUCGAAGCAAGUGUGGAGCGUAUGAAGAAAGGAGGUCACCACUGGGCGUGGGAUUACAGUCUCCCCGCUACUUUCAUUAUUGUUCCGAGACGAUCCUCCACUCCCUUGCCCCUGGGCUGGAAACCAGGAGAGUAUCGUGUCUACCACUGGCAAAACUCAAUGCUGAUUCAUACUGCUGGUGCUUGGGAAAGCGAGGAUGGCGGGACACUUUAUCUUGAGACAUCUCGUGUUCAUGACAAUGCCUUUCCGUUCUUCCCUCCUGACGAUGGACGCAUGCCUGCGCCGAAUGCGAAAGCGGACUUUGUGCGCUGGACAUUUGACUUGUCGAAGGAAGGUGGAGCUGUACCGGAUCCUGAUGUCAUUCUAGACGUUCCAUCAGAGUUCCCGCGUCUAGACGAGCGCUUCCUGUCAAAACCGUACGACGUGGUGUUUUUGAACGUGUUUAUCCCCGAUCGGGCGGACGGCUCAGGCAAAAAUCUGUUUCACGGCCUUAACGGCCUAGCCAUGCAACGUCACUCAACUGGAGAGACUCGUUACUUCUACGCUGGUGAUAACUCUCUGGUUCAAGAGCCUAUAUUCAUCCCGCGGUCCGAACACGCAGUCGAAUGCGAUGGAUGGGUGAUGGCAAUGGUAGAGCGCAGAGAAGCUAAUCGAAAUGACAUAGUUGUGAUCGAUACGAGACAUUUCGAAAAGCCCAUCGCGAUCAUAAAAUUGCCUUUUCACGUUAAAGCGCAGGUGCAUGGGAAUUGGAUUGAUCAGUCUAGAUUGAAGGAGCGCAAGAGACUAGUAAGGGAUCCCGAUAAUGUGAAGAUCAGUGGCCUUGGAGCACUGGAGCAAUUGUAG